CUAUUGACUACCACAAUUGUAUGCUUGGUCUCCGCCCUCGAUUGAAAGCUCGUCCUUCCCUACUUGAUCUCAUCCAAAGUCAGAGCUCUGAAUACCGCUCACCGUCCCGCCCCUCAACACCCCGGGGCGCAGAUUACUUCGGAGUCACAGUUGAGACCCCAAUCGAAGUCCCUUUACCGUCUUCACCCGCUCCAGCUACCACACACAAGAGCGUCGUCGAAGAGCCCUAUAGAGGUCAGCUGAAAUCUACCACAAUGGCACCUAACUCUAAGAAGACGGAAGACAAUGGCGAGGAGCAUGGUACCGUUUUCUCGAUUUCUGGACCCGUUAUUGUCGCCGAAAGCAUGAUCGGAUGUGCUAUGUACGAGCUUGUAAGAGUUGGAAACGAUAAACUUGUUGGAGAAGUUAUUAGACUCGAUGCAGAUAAAGCUACUAUUCAGGUGUAUGAAGAGACAGCUGGUGUAAAGGUUGGUGACCCUGUCAUACGUUCUGGGAAGCCUCUUUCCGUAGAACUGGGCCCUGGUCUUAUGGAAACGAUCUACGACGGAAUUCAAAGACCUUUGAAGAAGAUCAGCGAUCUUUCGAACUCUAUCUACAUUCCUCGAGGUAUUGACAUUCCUGCGCUCGACCGUGAGAAGAAAUGGGACUUUACUCCUGGCAAGCUGAAGGUUGGAGAUCACAUCACAGGAGGUGAUGUGUUCGGCAGCGUUUUCGAAAACUCUCUCCUGAAUGACCACAAGAUUCUCUUGCCACCAAGGGCCCGCGGUACUAUCACCCGUAUUGCCGAGAAGGGCAGCUAUACUGUGGACACGAAGAUUCUUGAGCUUGAGUUUGAAGGCAAGAAAACAGAAUACUCAAUGGUACACAACUGGCCUGUUCGUGUACCUCGUCCGUCGAACGAGAAGCUUUCAUCCGAUCAGCCCCUUAUCGUUGGACAACGUGUCCUUGACGCCCUUUUCCCAUCUGUGCAAGGUGGUACUGUAUGUAUUCCUGGCGCAUUUGGCUGUGGAAAGACGGUCAUCAGUCAAAGUUUGUCGAAGUUCUCUAAUAGUGACAUUAUUGUCUAUGUCGGUUGCGGUGAACGAGGAAACGAAAUGGCCGAAGUGUUGAUGGACUUCCCCGAGCUGACUAUUGACGUGGACGGUCGCAAGGAAGCGAUCAUGAAGCGCACGACUCUGAUUGCAAACACGUCCAACAUGCCCGUGGCUGCACGAGAGGCCUCUAUCUACACAGGUAUAACCGUGGCUGAAUAUUUCCGCGAUCAAGGGAAGGCUGUGGCUAUGAUGGCUGACUCUUCUUCGCGUUGGGCUGAAGCGCUCCGUGAGAUUUCUGGACGUCUCGGAGAGAUGCCUGCUGAUCAAGGUUUCCCUGCCUACCUCGGUGCCAAGCUCGCUUCUUUUUACGAGCGUGCUGGCCGAGUCACGGCAUUGGGUAGCCCAGAGCGCAAAGGAAGUGUAAGUAUUGUUGGUGCUGUCAGCCCUCCGGGUGGUGACUACUCGGAACCUGUCACCAGUUCUACUCUCAACAUUGUCCAAGUAUUUUGGGGUCUCGACAAGAAGCUAGCGCAAAGAAAGCACUUCCCGUCAGUCAACACCUCAGCUAGUUACAGCAAGUACACGAAAUCUUUGGACAAGUACUAUCAAGAGAACAACCCUGGGUUUCCCCGCCUUCGUGACAGGGUCAAGGAGCUUCUCACGACAUCUGAGGACUUGGACCAAGUCGUUCAACUGGUCGGUAAAUCUGCUCUUGGUGAUGGAGACAAGAUUACUCUGGAUAUCGCGACUUUGAUCAAAGAGGACUUCCUGCAGCAAAACGGCUAUAGUGACUACGACCAAUUCUGUCCGCUCUGGAAAACAGAGUGGAUGAUGAAGUGCAUGAUGGGAUUCCAUGACGAGGCACAAAAAGCAGUUUCCCAAGGCCAGAGCUGGGCAAAGAUUCGAGAGGCAACAUCUGAGAUACAAGCUGAUCUACGUCGUAUGAAGUUCGAAGUGCCUUCAGAGGGCGAGGAAAAGAUUACGAAGAAGUACGAAGCGCUGCAACAAAAGAUGAUGGACAAGUUUGCAUCUGUGACAGACGAAUAAGUCAAGAUGUUGAUUCUCGUGAAUUUGUGUUCUGUAGCUUGACUAGUGCAUGGUCCCC